AUGACUAGAAGUUCACCAGGUCCGCUCGUUCUUCUCAAUUCAACUUUGGACGUUCAACGAUACAAGGCGAUUUUGGAGAACGAUCUUCUUCCAUUUGCGACCACAAAAAUUGGACAAGGAUGGUUGCUGUACCAGGACAACGCUCCAUGCCACAAAGCUCGUCUACCCGGAUGGUUCCGAUCGAAUGGAAUUCAGCUCGUAUCUGCUCCUCCCUACAGUCCGGAUUUGAACGUUAUCGAACAUUUGUGGGCGUUUUUGAAGCUGAAAUUGAAGGGAAAACGCUUCAAUACCAAGAUUGAGCUAUGGUACUUCAUUCGACACGUCUGGAAAAAGAUCAGUCCUCAAAUUUUACAGGAUUUGGUCGACUCGAUGCCGAGAAGGAUUCAAGCAAUAAUUUCAUCAAAAGGAGGCCCUACCAAAUAU